AUGUUCACAGUUUCCGCAUUUGUUAAAAUUACCAGUAAUGUUUUAUCAUAUGUCACUCACUUGGACGCAUUUCACAAGGAUUUUACUGAGAGGUUUGAGGAUCUCUUAAAUAAUUUACAAAUUCCUCAAUGGAUAAUAAAUCCGUACAAUAUUACAGCCAUGGAAAAAUCCAAUAUGAUAAUGCAAGAAAAGCACAGACGAGAAGCAGAAGUUCAACCAAGGCUAUCGGAAACAAAAUACGGUAAUACUGCUAACAAGUUGCAAUUAUUAAAUGCAGACCUGUUAAUUAUAAAAAUAUACAUAAAACAAAAAUUGCCUAUUUCACCUAGACCAUCAAGUUCCACAGCCUAUGCCGAAGUAUCUGAAGUAAGGCCUAUUUCACCUAGACCAUCAACUUCAGCUGCCUCUGCCAAAGUGUCUGGAGUAAGACCCAUUUCACCUAGUCCAUUAAUUUCAGUUUCAGAUCCAACCGAAAUUACAAAUGGAACCCAUGAACCUACUCCACUGAAAAAAUUACCAAGUUGCGCAGUGGAACGACCAAUAUCUGCCCCUCCAAAUAUACCAUCUCCGUUUAAAAGAAACCUCUUUUGGCCGAACCCGGAGGGAGUAACUCCCAAACGAUUAAAAAGAGAAAGAUUGCCUGCGGUUACAACAUCUCCACAAGUGAUGGCCUAUUUUAAGAGCAAAGAGGAAAAAAAGAAAGCACUGGAGACCUAA